CAAAUUCUUAAUCUCUAUAAACAUUUUGAAGACAUUAUAAGGUCUGAUAUCAGUGUUAUGUGCUUUACAGAAAUAAGACUCUAUUUGAAGAGUUCAUAGACGUGUGCAGUCAAAUAGACAUUACUUCAAAAACAAACCAAAAAAACUUGCCAAUCAAAAAUUUAUCUUAUUUCAAGGUCUAACAAAAUAUCUUUUACGACUCCAAGCUACUGUACAACGUUCUACAUAAAGUGUCUAAAUGUAGCUUGAUCUCAAACACACCACUGUAAUUACAAAGCAAGCUCCAGGAAAAAUUACAGACAUUUGUAAUUAAGGACCAUCUAUAAAAAGGCAACCAAGGAACGGGUGAGGUCUGGGACGAAAAGAAGAGUGUGCCACAAGGACAUCAAGAAUCUCACAAAGGAAAACAGCUGCUUGCGGGGGGACACCACAAACCAUGGAUUCUCAUGGAGGACACUACCUCAACAAAGAAGCUGUGCUGUCACCUUUAGGUGCAGCUCGAAUGUGCCAGCUGCUACUUGGUUGCACCAUAAUGGCCCUUGUGUCCCACAGUGCAGGCUACAGCGCCACCUAUGGACACUUCUGCAUGUUUGUGUGGUGCUUCUGCUUUGCCAUCACACUGGUUGUAUUCACCUUGGACGUUACGCGGCUCCACACAUGCAUGCCCAUAUCCUGGGACAACUUCACUGUGGCCUUUGCAAUGCUGGCCACACUCAUGUACAUCACUGCCUCUGUGGUCUACCCUGUUUACUUCCUCCAAACAGAGUGCCCUGAUGAGGGCUGUGAAGUUCAAAUGUACCGCAUUGCCGUCACUGUCUGCUCCAGUGUCUGCUGCUUCCCCUACGGCGUUGAGGUGUUUCUGACUCGAGCCAAACCAGGGGCUGUGGUGGGUUACAUGGCCACUGUGUCCGGCCUACUCAAGGUGGUCCAGGCCUUUGUGGCCUGCAUUAUUUUUGGUGCCCUGGCCAAUGACAGUGAGUACACACUCUACAUUGCCACCCAGUACUGUGUGGUGGUGUACAGUCUGUGCUUUUCCAUCACUGUGGUGGUGGUCGUAGUGACAGUGUCUGGGAGGACCUCUGCCUUGCGGUUCCCCUUUGAUCGGUUUGUGGUUGUCUACACUUUAUUCGCCGUGAUCCUCUACCUCAGUACUGCACUGAUCUGGCCGAUCUUCAGCUUUGACAAGAAAUACGGCACCACUUCUCGUCCUGAGGAUUGCCCACGUGGAAACUGUGCCUGGGACAGCAAGCUGGUGGUGGCAGUGUUCACCAAUGUCAACCUGAUCUUGUAUUUUGUUGAUCUAAUUUAUUCCCAGAGGAUUCGCUUCGUCUCCAGAUCUGCUGUCUAAAAAAAAAAACCUUUCCUCCUCAAGACUUUUUAAAACAAAUAAAGAAGGUUUGAUGCCACAUCCACUCAUUCCCAUGGCUCCGUAGAUUCAUGGUGUUUGCAUGUGUGACUUUUUUUAUUACCAGUAUUUGUCUAGAAUUGAGCCUGUAGGCAGCAAAACCACCAGUAUUACCCCACGCUAAACACUUUUAGGCCUUUCUCAAGUUCUGCAGUGACCUACCAGGGA